AUGGAUAUAUCGGGUCCAGAAGUUUGGUAUAAUAAUUUACCAAAUGUAACGAAAUAUAUGAUAACUUUAAUUUUUUUAGUAACGUUAUUGAUAACAUGUAAUUUAUUGAAUGUUGUAUACCUUCUUUUAGAUUGGAAUUUGAUAUAUAAUAAUUAUCAAAUAUGGAGGAUUUUUUUUAACUUUUUGUUUGUCGGAAAAUUUUCUCUUUCAUGGGUAUUUUUUAUGUCUUUAUUUGCUCAAUUUUCGUCAUCCCUUGAGAAAAACGCUGUAUUUUCAACCCCCGGAUCGUAUUUAUAUUUCAUUACAAUUCAGUGCACCUUUUUAUCCUUAGUAAGCAUUUUGUUUUAUUGGCCAAGAGGAUACCCUUUUUUGGGAAACUCUCUUUUAUUCUCAAUAAUUUACUACUGGUCUAGAAGAGAACCAUGGAGCCAAGUUUCCAUAUACUUCUUCACAGUGAAAGGAUAUCAACUACCCUUUGCCUUAAUUUUUCUCCAUUUAAUAAUGGGGCAAUCAUUAUGGGUUGACAUCAUGGGUUUGAUGUCUGGUCAUAUCUACUACUUUUUUAGAGAACUUCUUCCCAGAGAAGGUGGUCCCAAUUUGCUUGAAAAAACUCCGAAGAUUUUUGAUACGUUCAUGAUGAAGUUGAGGGAAUUUCGAUUAAAUCAAGGAAUAAGAGGAAACUUUGCAAGAUACGGAUACAGAACUGUAAGUGAUUCAAGGACACCCAAUACUACUGGUGCAACUAGAAGAGUAUUCAUUGGUAGGGGAAUUAGAUUGGGCGAUAGUUAA